CGGCGGCGGCGGCGGCGGCGGAGGAGGAGGAGGCAUGUUCACCGCGGGGGCCGAGAGUCUGCUCCACCAGGCCAGGGAGAUCCAGGCCGAGGAGCUGAAGAAGUUCUGUUCCAGGGUCGUUAAGCUGCUGCAGAAGGAGGAGCCGGGGCCCGACGCUGUGGAUGCCCUGCAGAGGCUCUUCCUCAUCGUCUCAGCCACUAAAUACAGGCGGAAGCUGGAGGACACCUGUGUCCACCUGCUGCAGGCCACCCUGUGCUCACCCAAGUGCCCCGAGCAGCUCCAGCUUCUCUGCGCUGCUGUUCUGAGAGAGAUGUCCCCCUACGAUGGCCUGAGCCUGUCCUGUGACCACAUGCAGAGCACGCGGCAGCUGAGCCUGGUGGCUUCCGUGCUCUUGGCCCAGGGUGAUAAAAAGGAGGAGGUCAGAAGCGUGGGCCAGCGGGUCUUCAGGGUCCUCGAGAGCCGGCAGCCCGAGGGGUCCAGUCCCAGGCACCUACUCCCUAUCGUGUCCAAGAUCGCCCACCUUGCCCCACACACCCUCCAGGAAGACCAGACCAACCUGCUCAACAAGCGGCUGGUGGACUGGCUCCGUUAUGCCAGCGUCCAGCAAGGGGUUGCCCACACUUCUGGAGGCUUCUUCUCCACACCCAGAGCCCGGCAGCCCGGCCCCAUCACCGAGUUGGAUGGGGCAGUAGCCACAGACUUCUUCACGGUACUGUCCACCGGCCAGCACUUCACGGAGGACCAGUGGCUGAAUGUGCAGGCCUUCUCCAUGCUGCGAGCAUGGCUGCUGCACAGCGACCCCGAGGGCCCCAGCGCCCAGGACGCAGACGACAGGUCGGAGCUGGAGGGCUCCACGCUGUCCGUGCUGUCUGCCAGUUCCACGGCCGGCCACCUGCUGCCCCCGCGGGAGCGGCUGCGGGAGAAAGCCUUUGAGUACUGCCAGCGCCUGGUGGAGCAGAGCACUCGGCGAGCCCUGAGGAAGGGGGACUCGGACCUGCAGAAAGCUUGCCUGGUGGAGGCCGUGCUGGUGCUGGACGUGCUCUGCAAGCAGGACCCCUCCUUCCUGUACCGCACCCUGUCCUGCCUGAAGGCACAGCUCCCGCGCCUCUGCACAGACCCGACCCGGGCACGGAUGCUGCUGCCCAUCGCCCAGUUCUUCCUGAACCACGGGGAGGCAGCCGCGGUGGACUCGGAGGCCCUUCUCCAGCACCUGCUCAACAGGACCCCCUGCGAGCUCUUCCACAGCCCCCUGCUGGCCUUCGAGCUCGUGUGCUUCUGCAGGGACAACCUUCCUCUGUUUGGCAGGAACCUGGACAUCCUCAAACGGAGCUUCCCCAACCUCCUCAAGCUCCUGGCCUGGAACAGCCCACCCCUCACCUCCGAGUUUGUGGCGCUGCUGCCGUCGCUGCUGGACGUGGACACCGCCGUGGAGAUGCUGCACAUGCUGCUGGACCUGCCCUGUCUGACCGCAGCCCUGGACCUGCAGCUCCGGCUGUUGCCAGCCUCAUCUGAGAGGCCGCUGUGGGACCCCUCCUUCAGGAUUCCCAGCUGUCUGGAGGCCUCCCGGGACCCCCAGUUCCAGAGUCUUCUCCAGCACCUGUUGCGCACCACGGCCAGCGGGACCACGGAGAGGUUGGGGCCACUGCACCGGCUGCUGCAGCCCCUGGCCAGCUGUGCCCGCGUAGUCCAGUGCGCCGAGGCCGUGCCCACCCUGCUGCAGGCCUUCUUCUCAGCAGUGACCCAGUUUGCCGAUGGGGCCCUGACCAAUCAGCUGGCACUGCUGCUCCUGGAGAGGAGCGACUCCCUGUUCCAGGUGCCACAGUACGAGGCCCACGUGCACAGCGUGCUGAGUUCGCAGUUCCUGGCCCUGUGUGCACUGCACCCGUCACUGGUGGUGGAGCUGGCGAAGGAGCUGCUGGAGUUCGUGGGGAGCUCAAGUGGCGUCCACAGCAGGGGGCCCAUGCUUGUGUCCGUGGCCUGGGCCGUUGGCGAGUACCUGUCUGUGUCCUGGGACCGGCGGUGCACCGUGGAGCUGAUCAAUAGGUUCUUCGAGGGCCUGGAGGCUGUGCUGUUCGAAGUCACCCAGUCCCGGCCGUCUGCUGCAGUUCCCAAGUGUCCCCCGCAGGUCGUCACCGUGCUCAUGACCACGCUGACCAAGCUGGCCUCCCGCAGCCAAGACCUGAUUCCCCGGGUCUCCCUGUUCCUGUCAAAGAUGAGGACCCUGGCCCAGAGCCCGGCCCCAAGCUCCACGAGCUGCGAGGACGACGCGGGAGCUGUGCGCACACGGGCCACUGAGCUGCUGACCCUGCUGAAGAUGCCCAGCGUGGCCCAGUUUGUGCUCACACCUAGCGCAGAGGUGUCCAAGCCCCGCUACCACCGCGACGCCAACACAGCCCUGCCCCUGGCCCUGCGCACGGUCAGCCGCCUGGUGGAGAGGGAGACGGGCCUCCUGCCGGGGUGAAGAGAUGCUGAUGAAGAGGUUGCUGUUAGGGCUAAGCCUCAGGUUCCGUGAUCAGAGGGGACAUCGGGAAGGGCAGGAGGCCCGGGGGAGGGGGGGGGUGUCUGAGUCCCUCAGUGCCCAUCAGGACUGUCACCCCCUCAGCCUGUCUCUCCAACUGUGCUGAGCUGUGCGGUAAAACAGGUGUGAUUUGGGACUGGGUGGCAUCUGCUUGGUGUGUUUUGAGCUGCUCCUGGUUUGGGGCAAGAAAAGAUACGCCAGCAAUAAACCUCUUUCCAAAAGUA